AUGACUCUCGGAGAUGGGCAAGCACAGCAGAUCCCGGAAGAAGUUCAAGUUUUCACGGAUCCAGGCAGCAAUUAUACCUGCGAUUCAUGUGGCCGCGACCUCACACAUAGCGUACGCAUGAAAUGUGCGGACCCAGCAUGCCAGGCGGACGAGGGGGCCGACAUAUGUCCCAGCUGCUUUUGUGCGGGGAAGGAGUUUAAGGAUCAUAAGCGCUGGCAUGCCUACCGCGUUAUCGAUGUCCAUUCUUAUCCUAUAUUUACCGAAGACUGGGGAGCAGACGAAGAAUAUCUUCUUCUCGCUGGUAUCAAGUUGUUCGGCAUCGGUAAUUGGAAGAAGGUUGCAGAACAUAUCGGAACGCGGACGACGGAGGAAGUGGCGAAACAUUACCACAAGGUCUAUGUUGAGUCGCCUGACUGGCCUCGACCGCGUAUGGAUGUGGAAUUUAACAUCGAUCCUUACGAGUUUCAAUCUCGCAAACGUCGGCGAAUAAGCGAAAUGAACAAGCGAGUUAUCCCAAUACCCGGUCCAGCCCCGACAUCAGCACCUGGCAUACACGAGAUCUCUUCAUACUUCCCUGGUCGCUUGGAAUUCGAGCACGAGUUAGACAACGAAGCCGAAGACCUCGUCAAAGAUCUCGAAUUCGGUGUCGUCUACCAAUACGGAGGCGACGAAAUACCAGAAGAUGACCACGACCCCGAUGUUAAGGCACGAAAGAAGUUCGAAGAAGACAAGUUAGCUGGCCUACACGACUUUCCAGAGUCAUCUGCAACACCGGGUCCAACAUUCGCAAGUAAUGGGAAUGUUAAUGGCCACCAGACGAACGGGAUCGUCAAGAAAGAGGUUAAAUCGGAGGACGUGGUCAUGGGGAACCCGGAAGACGAGGUGGAGGAACCUGUGAUACCACAGCCCUAUGAAACCCAGGCAUCUCUCGAUUUCAAGCUCACACUGCUGCAAAUGUACUUCCAACGGGUAGAGAAGCGACUUGAAGCAAAGGCAUUUAUGUUUGAGAGAGGGCUUCUGGACUACAAGAAGUGGCAAACUGCAGAAAGGAAGAGGCCGAAAGAAGAGCGAGAGUUCAUCCAUCGGUUACGGCCAUUUGCAAAGUUGCAAACGGCUGCAGAUUACGAAGCCUUCACGACGGAUAUGCUUUACGAAGCUAUGCUCAGGAAACGGAUACAAGAACUACAGCACUAUCGUCGGCUGGGACUCUGCAAUGCAGCUGAUAUCGACAAGUAUGAGACCGACCUCAUUAAACGGACCCAAAUCAAAGCUGCGAGAGACUAUAUUGUCGUCGAUAGUAGCAGAAGACGAGAAGGGUCGCGGGAACCUACACCCCGACUGGCAAGUGGCACAGGGCCACCUGUUCGCAAACCUCCGGCCCCUCUCAAUCUCGCCAACAGUCCUUCCCUCCAUCUCCUUACUCCCGCCGAGCAAGCCCUUUGCUCUCAGCUCCGUAUCCUCCCCAAACCUUAUCUUGUUAUCAAAGAAACCCUUGUUCGCGAGUAUGCGCGUCGUGGUGGUAAACUGCGACGCAGAGAAGCUCGUGAUCUCGUUAAAAUCGAUGUGAACAAGACCAGUAGGGUCUGGGACUUCCUCGUCCAGGCUGGAUAUCUCAAAAUUUCUACCGAUAUGACUGCUGCUGCUGCUGCAAGCAAUGCAUCCGGGACUCCUGCUCCAACCGCUGAUCCCAGAGAAGUGGCCGUUUCGCACGGAAUUGAGUGGGUCUUGCUCCAUCUUGUGGAAGACUACUGGGACGGGUGUUCGGACAAGAGCCAACCACAGUACAUUCGCACUUGGCUAUUCCGGUCUCCUCUCCGAAUCCGAUUCAGACGCAUUGGUCUUCAGAUCACUACCAAGACCGAAACGCGAGUCUCCAUGGAUAGCAUACUGUUAUCCGCUGCGCACUAUACAGCACUGCGUCUCCUGGGUGGGUUGUUUGAUGGGCUUUGGCUAGUGCUGUAG